GGAAUUUAUACCACGCCUUCCGCACCUAAAUCUUAUCUCUCUGGACUUCUCCCUUCUUUCCUUCUAGAUAAGCUUCAGCUUCUGUUCUCGCCGAGAUUCGGGGAGAUUCGUAGGUUCGAUUAAAGAAGAUGAACGGCGGCGAAGCCUACGGCGUACUGGAGACGCAGUACAUUCGGAGACACCACAGGCAUGAAACUAGAGAGAACCAGUGCACUUCUGCUCUCGUUAAGCACAUCAAAGCUCCGGCUCAUCUGGUAUGGUCGUUGGUGAGGCGAUUCGAUCAACCACAGAAGUACAAGCCAUUUGUAAGCAGGUGCAUAGUGCAGGGGGACCUCAGUAUUGGUAGCGUUAGAGAAGUGAACGUUAAAUCUGGCCUCCCUGCCACCACCAGCACUGAGAGAUUGGAACUUCUUAACGAUGAAGAGCACAUCCUGGGUAUUAAGAUUGUUGGUGGCGAUCAUAGACUGAGGAAUUACUCUUCCAUCAUGACUGUACACCCUGAGAUUAUUGAUGGGAGACAAGGGACAAUGGUGAUUGAAUCCUUUGUUGUUGAUGUGCCUGAAGGGAACACCCAAGAUGAGACAUGUUACUUUGUGAAGGCUCUGAUCCAAUGCAAUCUCAAAUCUCUUGCUGAUGUCUCAGAGAGGAUGGCUGUGCAGCCUGUGCAGGAUCAGGUGGCUCCCUUCAACAGAUACUAAAGUGUCAGAAACUCUGCAAAUAAGUUUGAUGAGUAAAUGCCCUCUCCUUUGAAGGCUGUAGAUUGUAGAAGCUUUGUAGAGAUCAGUGGGAGUGGUGCUUCCUUGUUCUAAACAAGUUUUGGGUACAAUUCUGGGCGUGUGUGCCUUGCUUUCUUUUUCUGCACUUUUCUACUUCUUGCAAGUUUGUUUAAUCCCUUGGUAGUGUAUCCUGGGGUUCCAACUUCCUAUUAAUUACAAACCUCUUUAUUUCCCUGUUCUAUAAUGAAUUCCCAUGAAGUUAGAAAGAUCAGUUCGGAUCUUUUUCUCCCUCUACUGGGCUUUCUUCAUGGUGAUUUGUGCAUUAGGCCAUAUGCCCCUUCUGUAAACAUCUAUGUGUAAAAAGAUGGAGUCUUUCUCGUACAUAUUGUAAGUUUACAGCUUUGUGGUCAAAACAAAUAUUAAGGGCAUGA